AGUACCUGUCGCGAACAUUUUUCAAGUGUUGCUUGAAUUGUUUAACAAUGAGUAAAAGAAAGUUAGGAAUAAUGACUGGGAUUGGAACAACAAAGCAACCCAGGCAUUGGUCACUAGGUCUACUAGGAUCUAUGGAAGACCCAGAAUCUAUCGUGAAAAAGACUGAUAGAGUUGUUGCGAUUCGUGAUAAAUAUCCGAAGGCAAAGAUACACUACCUUAUUCUUCCCUUUGAAGAUAUCAACAGUAUUCACAAGCUCAACGAUACUCAUGUUGGUUUAUUAGAAGAAUUUGGAAAAUUGUAUCAAGAACUGAAAGAAGAACAUAUGGACAGUUCACUGCGUGCCGGUUUUCACGCUGUACCGAGUAUGCAGAGACUGCAUAUGCACGUGAUAAGCACGGACAUGGUUUCCCCUUGUCUUAAAACAAAAGUGCAUUGGAACAGCUUCACUACAAAUUUCUUUAUACCUUAUCAAGAUGCACUCAAAGAGCUCAAGGAAAGCGGCUCUAUCAAGAAAAUAUCUAGUGAAUUGCAUAAAAGCCUAAUGGCAACAGACCUUGUGUGCAACCAAUGUGAUUUCAAGCCCAAAAAUAUGCCACAACUCAAAGAGCAUCUACUGACCCAUAUAAAAUAAAUUGUAGGGUUUUAUGUUCAUUUAAUGUUAACAUUAAGUAUUGCUGGUCUAACAAAAUGUUAGUAGUAUUCAAGUUACACUUCAAAAUUAUUUAAUCUUAAGGAACUAUGUGAUGUGAUUCUGAAUGUUGAAUGGCCUUUUCUUUAUAGAUGUAUCUAUCAUUAUUACCAAUUCAAUUUUUUUGGAAAGUAUGGUUUUGUAGAUUCUUCAGACAUAUUUUGGAUAUUAAGAUGAUGGCACCAGAGUUAAAAAUAGUAAAUUCAGUAGAAAGCCUAAAUAUGUACUGUAAAUACUAGAUCCAAAAUUACCUGAUUAUACAGUCAUAUUACCUUUAUUAUAUGGUUGCAAAUUGCAAUUUCAUAAAGGAACCUUUAUGAAACUGUAAGACAAUUUUGUGCUCUUUGUUUAGUUCUGUCACAUACAGCCUAAGUGAUAUCUUCAUAUCCUAAAAAAUAUUUUGAUGCAUGAAAAAAAUUGUUGAAAUAAAACACAGGAGAUAAUUGCACUAAUUUCAUUGCAAAAAAUUUACAAGCUGUAAUUUUGUCAGUCCAUGAUUUAAGCUUAAACUAAUUAUUAUGACUGAGUAACUAAACAUUUGAUUGACUAAAAUGUUUAAAAUAUUGACCACAGUGCAAGUUCAUUAUGUUAAGAAAAUGUUAGUUUUAAAUUAACUAUAAAAUUAAUUACAUGUUUGGGUAAUUUGUUCUAAAAUAUCACAUACUUAUAUGUGAUAACAUGCAGGGAUAGUAUGUAAGAUAAAUUUUUGUUAUAAAAAUAUUUAUUUCCUAUUAUUUUAUUUUGUUUAAAAAUUAUCUUAUAAGUUUAUAGAACUUUUUUAAUUUCAUUAGUCUUAAAAUAACUACCUACUUAAAAAUAAAAAUGCAUGUCCAAAAAUUAUUAUAAGUCGAUUCAACUUACAGAUCUGAAAUUGGUUAAAUAAAUACAAGUUUAACCAAUAAAUUUUGUACUAUUUUGUGAUGAUCCUGUUGUCAUGUUCACCAUGUACAUAAAUUAUAAAAGGCCCUGUUAUGUUAAACAAAUAUUACUUAUAACUUGUUACCUAUGAAAGGUAACUUACUUGACCGAGGACUGUCAUCCAGUAUGCAACUUGACUCUGUGCUUACACUGUCAUCGCCGUCAGGAGUAUUGUACAGUGACAUGUUUCGCCUUUUAAAAGUUUUCUUAGAGGCGGACAAGGGAGUGGUGCUCUCAUUUACACUGUCAGCAUUAUCUGAGACAAAAGAACUCCCUGGAGAGAAUAUUACGUUCUUUUGAGAGUCAUCAUCUUCAUGUUGGCUUGGAGUACUUGGAGCCGGCAAAAAUAAUUUUGUUGUUUUCAUUGGAGUUUUAGUAACUACAUUUUCACUUGGAACCAACUCUGGUACUGAUGGCAGAGUUUCCAUGCAUGGUUGUGACAUCACUCUGCCUAACCGAGCCAGUACAACCUGUACAGGGUCAUCAAUACCUAAUUUUUCACAUAACUUUGCAGUUUGUGGGUUUAAAAUUGGAUUACUUGGGGCACGUUUUGGCGCUCUUGGAUCAUAAAUGGGUGCAGUCUUCACAAAACUGUCAUGGGUAAUCUUUAAGUCUUGCAAUAUAUUCACCACAGCUUCUUUUUCUUCUUCAGUAGGUGUAAAAACGUAUCUGAAACAGCAAUGGAUAAAUUGAAAUUAUGUUUAAGUAGAAUAAUUAUCAUAAAGAAUAUUAUUUACAUCAUAAUAAUUUGGUCACCCUAUUGAUUGACAAAUGCCAAUAGGCCGUUGUAAGCAUUUAUUAUUAGUAAAGUAUAUUAGAUGUAUUAGUGAUGUUGCAAAAUUGACUUUCCACUAAAACAAAUGAUUGUUUUAUAAUUAUGAAGGUUAAUUUUUUUUAAGAAAAAGAGAAUUGGUUUUUUACCAAACUAAACAUACUACUAAGUAAAUAAUAAAAUGCACAAAAUUUAAA